GGUUAGUUACGAACGUGGCGUGACGAGGCAAAUUUCACUGUAUAUAAUAACUAGCACCAAGAAGAGAGACCAGUCUGCACCGGCGUCCAGUACCAACCACCAUGACUGACAACAUUACACCUGUCACCUUCGGUCCGACUUUCCACUUCAAAGGCGUGAGGUUCUUCCCACUAGCCGACCGUCGGGCGGUGGAACUAGUAGAGUCAUUUGAAGUGAGAGACGACGACAUCUUCAUAUCAGCUUACAUAAAGUCAGGCACAACAUGGGUACAGCAGAUCGUGUCUCUACUGUCCACUGAGGGCGAUCUGAGCGAAGUGAACAAGAUCCCGAUCUUUGUCCGCGUACCAUGGCUGGAAACAAUGGACCAGUCCGGAUCCGGGGAGCCGAUGCCCAAGGUGCUGAGGGACGCCCCCUCCCCCCGCCUGAUGAAGACCCACAUGCCGUAUCACAUGUUACCUGAGCAGGCAAGGGAGGGCAAGGGGAAGAUCAUUUACUGUGCAAGGAAUGUGAAAGACGUGGUGGUGUCUUGGCACAAGAUGAGGGAAGGCAUGGAUCUUCCAGGUGGAACGUUUGACGAAAACUUCCAAGAAUUCAUCAAUCCUGAGCAAGCUGCUUACGGUUUCUGGUGGGACGUGGUUCCGGAGUACUGGCGUCACAAGGAUGACAAAAACAUGCUCUUCCUCAAGUUUGAAGCGGAACCAAAGGAGUGGGCCUCAUGUGACCUGCGAGGCAACGUGGUGAAGAUCGCAAACUUCCUGGGCAAGACUCCGUCAGACCAGCGCAUUGAUGAGGUGGUUUCCUACUGUACCUUCUCUGCUAUGAGGGACAACGAUGCUACAAACUUUGUUCGGGAUAAAGCGUUCAAAGGCCGAAGGAAAGAAGGGUUUGAGUUCAUGCGAAAAGACCACCUGUCAGCGACUAACCAGAUCCGUGACAUUGUCUCCUGA